UACGGGUACGAUGAGCGUACGAGUAAAACACAAACAUUAGUGAAUAUGUGCAAAUGUAUAAAGAUAUAUAAGCAUUGCAUUUUACGACAGUAAUUCAAAGGCAGAAAUAAAUGUGGAUUGUUUAUAUGUUGUAAUAUCGGUAGCUGUGAAGCUCGCGCGAAAUUAGUGCAAAUAUUUUGAAUAUAUGUAUAUUCCUUAAAGCGCGGAAAUUCAAAAUUGAGUAAACUGCAUUUCCUACAGAGGAAAACACGAUAAGCAAUAAUUAUAGUGCAUGAAAUUUUGAAUAAUGAACGUAAAUUAUUGAAACUGCGUGCAUUAAAACACAUUAGACAAAUUCGUUUAUAGAUACAAAGUCAGUAGACAGAAUUUCAAAAUAGGAAGUAGUCAAGAAAGUAAGUGAGAAAAUAAAUAAAAGUCUAUAAAUAACAUUUUUUUUUUUUYAAAAACAAAUAUAAAAAACUAAGCCAGUGGGAAAGUGGCGAAGAAAAGUAAGAAACGUAACAGCUCAACAAGUGCAAGAAACCGCAAACAGUCGCCCACCUUAUGCACGCUGCACUACCGCGUGUAUGUCUCGUCGUUUGCGUGCCGCGCAUGCGCAGUGCUUUGUUCAGAUAUUUUUGCCUCUUAAAAAUUCGUAUUUCUGCAACAAAAAGUUUUAACCGUACUCGUGCCAAUUUUUUACUAUUUACGCGCGUUUUGUUUUCUGUAUUUUAUUAAGCUCUUUACUUUUGGGUGCGUUAAGUGUGUUUUUCUUUGAAUUACUGUGAGUAAUGGCGAGAAAACAUAAUAAUAACACAACGAUAAAGAUGCUGAAAAGUGAAAAUUUAAGUCUAUGGCCGCUGGCAUUUGCCUCUUUCCUUGCACUGCAGCUGCUCGCCGGUACCGCUGAAGCCUUCACUAUACUCUCGCCAUUCAGUUACACAUCUUUGAGCUUUAAGAAUCUGCUAAAUUCUGUGUUUUUAGCCAGUAAUGCGAAUUUGGCGGGUGGUGGGCGAAAUCUAAAAUCAGACAUACUUGAGGAUGCGUCAUUGAUAACGCCGAAAUUGAUACGCAAGUACGGUUACCCAUCGGAGACACAUACUGUGGUGACAAAGGAUGGCUAUAUUCUAGAGAUGCAUCGCAUACCAAAACGUGGCGCCCAGCCAGUGCUUCUGAUGCAUGGCAUAUUGGACACCUCGGCCACAUGGGUGCUGAUGGGACCAAAAUCAGGGUUGGGUUACAUGCUAUCGGAUCUCGGUUACGACAUAUGGAUGGGCAAUGCGCGUGGCAAUCGAUAUUCGAAGAAUCACACGAGCCUUAAUAGCGAUUACCAGGAAUUCUGGGAUUUCACCUUUCACGAAAUGGGCAAAUAUGAUUUACCGGCAAAUAUUGAUUAUAUCCUCAGCAAAACAGGUUACGAACAGCUGCACUAUAUAGGACACUCGCAGGGCACUGCAGUCUUUUGGGUUCUGUGUUCCGAGCAGCCUUCCUAUACACAAAAAAUACUAUCGAUGCACGCUCUAGCUCCCAUAGCGUUCAUUUCUGAUAUGAAGAGUCCACUUUUUCGAACAUUGGUUGUGUUUUUAGACUUUUUAACGGCAGCGACACGUAUGCUACGCAUUACUGAAUUUAUGCCCAAUACAAAAUUGUUUGUAGAUCACACCCAAGUGGUGUGCCACGACAACGCAAUGACACAGGACGUCUGUUCGAAUAUAUUGUUCCUGGUGGCUGGCUACAAUUCGGAGCAAUUGAAUAAGACAAUGUUACCAGUCAUGUUGAGUCAUACACCUUCAGGGGCAUCAAUUAAACAACUCGAACAUUUCGGGCAGCUAAUGAAAUCGGGGAAUUUUCGCCAAUUCGAUCGUGGCUUUUUGCGCAAUCAACUUCAAUACAAUCGUAUGACACCGCCCGAUUAUGAUCUGUCCAAGGUGAAGGUGCCGGUGGCUCUUUACUAUUCGAUGAACGAUAUGUUGGUAUCGACGACAGGUGUCGAUCGUUUGGCACGCGAGUUGCCCGAUGUGAUUGACAAAUACUUGGUGCCCAUGGAGAAGUUCAAUCAUUUGGACUUUUUAUGGGCGAUCGAUGUCAAGUCACUAGUGUACAAUCGCCUCGUAAGGAAUAUUAGACGCGUGGAGAAUUACAAGCAAAAGCAAACGCUACAAAUUAAUGCGAACAUACAACAGUUUAGUACACAUCUACACCAACAACAUUUACAAGUAUUACAUCAACGACAACAUCGGCAACAGCAGAAACUUUUGCGCGAACAGCAAGAAUUGGAAAAUCAACAACUAAAAAGAAGCGGAAACACACGCUCCGGCACAAAUCGAAAUUUCCAUACAAUUUCGAAUACGAAUUUAAAUUCAAACACAAUUGGCAGCGCAGGUCAGCCUAUAAAUGGACGCUUACAUCCUCAUGGACAGAACGUAUAUUCGACUUAUGCUUCACUUUUGCCGCAACUCUUGCCGGCAACAGCCACAGUGCCGUCUAUAAAACCAACACUGCCAAUACUGACAACGCUACCAACGGUGCCAACCGUCAACACGAACUCGCAUCAAGAUUUAUCUGUGAUAGACUCGGAUAUACAUCCAGUUUAUAAGCCAAGCGUAAAUGAGCAUGAAACUAUGGACCAAGAAAGUCUUUCAAAUUCUAAUAUACCAUUAGAUUUCAUGCCAGUUUUGUCCUCGAAUACAGAGUCGAAUAUGGAGGACAUGAGCACGAAUGCGCCACUAUCCAACUUCUCGGAAACGACGGAAAAAGUUGUGGAAGGGAGUGCGUGAAACACACUACAAUUGUACUCAUCCAUCUGCCCCUGCAACGUUAACUUCACCGUGAUGCCUGACAUUCAGAGGAAGUUAUAUUGUGAUUGGAUGGAAUAUCCCUAAAUCGCCAAAUUGCCAUGCCCAUACCAAAUACCGCUUAUCAGCCUUUACGUAUGUAUAUAUGUAUCUAAUAUCAUACAUUUUAUGAACAUUCUUAUCAUUCAAAGCUAAAAAUUAGGAAAAGUGGACUGCUAAACCACGACGAGUUCCAAAGUAAUGCAAUUUUCAUAUUUCAGUACAGGCAUCAACAUAAAUAUGAAUACUUGGUACAAAUACUUCUUACAAAUUACGAGAGUAUAUAUGUUCACCACUCUCUAUCUUAGCCCUAACUUAGUAUUUUUAUAUGGU